AUGACCUUCGUAUCGUCUAAGAAGCUCGAGCACGAGCAACAAAUAUACGAACAAAACACAGAGCAAUAUCAACCUCCUCCUCCAGCAUACUCUGCGGAACAGCAACAAGAGCUAAAAAAUGAUGCGACCUCAAAAUACCCCCCACAAGCGCAUCACAUGCAAUCCCCAACCCUAACUCUCCAAACCGAAAACACCAAAAUGCUCGGCACAGCCCUGCGUAUCUACGACCUCACAAACCCAUCGCAAGACAUCUUCAACGUCACAGUCGGCUGGAAUAUGAACUUGACCUUCCUCCGACCCGACACAAAACAAGAAUUUGCAUCCGUCAAAUUUCACAAACUGUCCAUGAAAAUGGACGUUUCAUUGCCGGAUACGCCCAUGUUUACGAUUGUAUUCAAGAAGAAACUCAACUAUGAACUAUCUUACUCGUCACCAGCCUUACAAGGGCAAUUAAUGACAUGGAAGACGAGCUGGAAAUGGAAGACGAUGGAUUUUGAGUUCCGUGACCCGGCCGGUGUGAUGGUUGCGCGAAUCAAGGCGAGUAAUUUCAAGUGGAAGAGAAUGAGUCAGAUCGAAUUUUUUGGAGAUGCAUGCAACAAUAAAAGGCUGGUAGAGGAGGUUGUGAUUACCGGGGCGGCGGUUUUGGAAUAUGUUCUUGUUAUGAAUGCUGCUGUGAUAUAUUAG